UCUCCUGCCGCCGCCACCCUGAGGCGGGUGUGUCGCCCACACCCUUCGUGGAACUGAGCGGGGAGGAAGUGCAAGACCUCCGGCCAGGCGGGUCAAUGCCAAAGGGCCACAAGAGCUCCACUUGCUGCGAGGCCGAGCUCUGCGGGCUCUCUACCCGAUACUGCAAGCGGGGAAAGGCAGAGGGCUCCCGGACUCCGCUUGGCGCUUUCCCUUUUGACCUGUUUUCAGUCGGAGAGGGGACGAAGUGACGAAAGGCUCAGCCAAGAAAGGGGAAGCUCGACAGUCGACACUCAUUCAGUGGCGGGCUAAGCAGAUUGCUGCUCUUCUGCACCUUCUUCCCCACGAAAGCAGACUUACUUCGGUGUUUUUGUGCCUUCAGUUCACUGGGGGCCAAUUUGCCUCAGCUUCCCAUAUUUUCCAGACCAGCGCAGAGGAACUUUUUGGCAAUCGGAAGAAAUAUCUCUUCUUCUAGACACCAUCCUGGAAGGUGGGCAUGCUGUUAAGCUCAUGUCGAGCACUCAUUUCAAGAACAGGACGAUCUACCGUCGUCUGUCCACUGUCCUUCAUCGCCACGGCUUCCCGAGGUCCCCUGAACAAUGCCGCACCAAGUUCAAAAAAUUGAAAAGCGACUUCCUGGGGUCUCUGGAGGCCUGGCAGGGAAUCCCUAGAGCGAGCGGAUGUGUUUGGCGCCAUUCUGCGAUGAUGCGUCUAUGGGAGGCUGCAGGCCGACCAAGAUGGGAGGACAGAUGCUUCGAAGGAACUUCACCAGAUAACAUGUUUGCUGGAGAAGCUAGAAAGGGGGAUAAGACACCAUGCAGGGAACUGAGCAUGCAUGGAGCAACGUUGGAUGAUGCACACCAGACAGGGAUUCUGGAGGCCAUCAGGAAAAACCUUUUUGGGAAGGGAGCAAAUACAGAAACAGCCAUCCCGACCGCAGCAUCCGAGCAUGGAAACGAGGUACAGGAGGGUCCCAUUUAUAUUGACUCAUCAUCGACCCCAGAGGAGGAGGAUUGUCGAAACAUGUUGAACAGGGCAGGACCUUCGGGGAUCGCCUAUAGUAAUCAACAGCGAUCAACCUCAGGUGCAGUGGGUGAGGGAACACCUGUCAAGGCAGAGAAAGAAUCGUGUGGAACACAGACCAUAGCAGAAGCAUCACUGGGAGAAGUCUCCGUAUUUGCUAAUCUUGAGGCAAUUAAGAAAAGCUGCUUGGAGACAAUGAGAAAAUUCAACAAAAGACAAUGCACCAUCGAGAAAAAGAACCGGCAACAUCAAAGAAAUAUUGCUAACCUGAAAAGAAGACUUUUAUCAUUGGAGAAGGAGCUCGGGAGGCUGAGGGAUGACUUGAAAAAAAAAACAAUGGAGAAGAAUGAGAGUACAAGACACAUGCAGGUCACCACCAUGGUUUUAUGGAGAACUGGAAGGUGGACUUCCGUUAGGACAAUUUUUUUUUUUUAGGAUAACGAGCAAUCUCCCCCCCCCCCAAAAAAAAACACAGAACGCAUGUGUGAGACUCAAAUUUUAAUUUUGUGGACUUAUGACAAUUAUUUGGUGUAAAAAAUUUUUUUCAAAAUAACAUUUAUAUGGAAAAAAAACCCUAAUUUUCAGUUAAUAAGAAUGGUCUCUCUUAUCUAGGUGGACCUCUGGGGACUGAGGCGAUGUCGUUUUUUUUCAUGUUCUCAAAAAAAAGGUUCCUGUGGUUCUGUUUAACAGUUCAAUC